GAUUGGUUAAGGCUGACGUCAAUCAUAAAUCUGUUCCCGCCCACUGCCGGACCCGGAAGCAGAGGUGUGAGUGGACAAGCUUUGGAAAGGACAUUGUGAAUGCUGCUUCAUGCAGCAUCUUGGAUUUUCUCUUCACCAGCUGGAGUAAAAGAAUUCAGCAGCAAAAUUUCUCACCAGGUGUUGAGGCUGCAAAGGAAUAAUGGACACUCAGAUUACCCACCGCUCAGGAAAACAUGGAAACAUUCCAAAGUGGUAUGGCAAAGAAAGGCAGUUGACUGAAAAUGUCACACCGGUGAAGCAGAAGCCCUCCAAGGAGCUGAGGCCCAUGUUGGGUGCCAUCUUUCUGGGCCUCAUCCUGUUCAUUGCUGCAGUGGUGGCCUGGUGCUACUACACCGUGUCCCUGAACAUCCGCAACCAGCACGGGGAGGUGGUGUUCCGGCUGGCCUUCCGCUCGGGCAGCCUGGACCUGGAGUCGUGCUCCAAGGAGGGCGAGAUCCUGAGCUGCUCGCGCUCGAGCCGGGGGCCGCUCAACUUCUUCAUCCAGACGGUGAAGCCCAAGGACACGGUGAUGUGCUACCGCGUGCGCUGGGAGGAGCUGGCGGCCGGCCCGGCCGUGGAGCACACCAUGUUCUGGGAGGACGCCCACUGGUACGGGGGCUCGGAGAUGAGCACCCAGCACUGGCCCAUCCGCCUGGCCGGCUACCAGGAGCCCGUGCCCUACGUGACCAGCGACGUCUACUCCUUCCGUGACAGCUUUGGCGGCAUCCUCGAGCGCUACUGGCUCUCCUCCAAGGCGGCGGCCAUCAAGAUCAACGACUCCGUGCCCUUCCACCUGGGCUUCAACGCCACCGAGCGCACCCUCUUCUUCCAGGCCCGCUACAAGGACUCACCCUACAAGCCCCCACCGGGCCAGCAGCCCUUCCCCGAGCUCAGCUACCGCGUCUGCGUGGGCUCCGACGUCACCUCCAUCCACAAGUACAUGGUGCGCAGGUACUUCAACAAGCCCUCCAAGAUCCCUGCUGAGAACGCUUUCCGAUACCCCAUCUGGUCCACGUGGGCCCUCUACAAGAAUGAUAUUGACCAGGAUAAACUCUUGCGGUUUGCUGAAAAGAUCAAGAAGUACCAUUUUAACUGCAGCCACAUUGAGAUUGAUGACAUGUACACCCAAGCCUAUGGAGACUUUGACUUUGACCCUGUCAAGUUCCCCAAUGUGACAGAGAUGUUUGCAAAGCUGAGGGAAGAUGGGUUUAAGGUCACUCUGUGGACUCACCCUUUCAUAAACUACAAUUCCUCCAAUUUUGGUGUGGGUAUUGAGCGUCAGCUGUUCAUCAAGGAGCCGUCGGGGCGGCUGCCGGCCAUGGUGGAGUGGUGGAACGGCAUCGGGGCCAUCCUGGACUUCACCAACCCAGCAGCCCGUGACUGGUUCCAGAGCCACCUGCGCCAGCUCCGGCACAAGUACGGCAUCUCAUCCUUCAAGUUUGAUGCGGGUGAGACCAGCUACCUGCCCAAGCAGUUCAGCACCUUCCGCCCACUGUCGGACCCCAGCAUCUGGUCCCGGCGCUACACGGAGAUGGCCAUCCCCUUCUACGAGCUGGCCGAGGUGCGCGUGGGCUACCAGUCACAGAACAUCUCCUGCUUCUUCCGCAUCAUUGACCGGGACUCUGUCUGGGGCUACGAGCUUGGCCUCAAGUCCCUCAUCCCCACUGUCCUCACCAUCAGCAUGCUGGGGUACCCCUUCAUAUCUGCUGACAUGAUAGGGGGCAAUUUUUUCCCCAAUAAAACCAAUGGGGCGGUGGAGAUCCCUGACCGGGAGCUGUACGUGCGCUGGCUGGAGCUGUCGGCCUUCAUGCCCUCCAUGCAGUUCUCCAUCCCUCCCUGGCUCUACGACAAGGAGGUGGUGGAGAUCGCGCAGAAGUUCACGGAGCUCCACGAGUCGCUGGUGGCCCCGCUGCUGCUGGAGCUGGCGGGGGAGGUCACCGACACAGGCGACCCCAUCAUCCGUCCCAUCUGGUGGAUCUCGCCCCGCGACGAGGCCGCUCACCGGAUCGACUCCCAGUUCCUCAUCGGGGACACCCUCAUGGUGGCUCCUGUGCUGGAGAUGGGCAAGCAGGAGCGGGAUGUCUACUUGCCAGCGGGCAAGUGGCGCAGCUACAAGGGGGAGCUGUUUGAGAAGACCCCAGUGCUGCUCACCGACUAUCCCGUUGACCUGGACGAAGUUGCCUAUUUCCUCUGGGUUUCCUAACAGGCUCCUCUUCAUCAGCUUUGGAAUAACCAUGCCUUAUCUAGGACUUUCUAACAGAUAUUAACUCUAAUUGCACAUUUCAUUUGAGACUGGGGUGGAGGAAGGGAGCUAAUAGACUUCACUGUUCUUGGGGAUAAUAUUGUUUUUUUUUAUUUGGGGAUUGAUCUUGAUUUUUUUAAUUUGGGUCUGGUGGUAGGCUCUGGCUGGAUUACAGUAGGCAGUAAUUUGUCUGUGUAGGUCAGAAAUGAAUUGUCAGUCUGUCUGCAGACAAUAGUAAACCCAACACCUUUUCAGUUCUCAAGGAUUUCAAGAGUUGGAAGUUUCUUAGUGCUGGUGGGGAGCAUUCUUAGUCUUGUGGGAGCACCUGGCACUGGGUAUGGGGGUGUGUGCUGUGGGAGGAUUGCUACUGCACAGCCUGCCAUAAGUUUUAUAAUAUGGCAAGUACAUUAAAAUGGAUAUUUUUCAGUGCAUAAAGCAAAAUAGGGUUACAUAUGAAUAUUUACACACCUAUUUUUUCCCCCUUUUGCCUCUCAUGGUGCUGGACUGAUAGUUGCCCCAUGUUCUUUCUCAUGACUCCCGCUUGUGUUAGCUUGUAUUAGCAGACCAUGACACUCCUGCUUUCCUGGAUACCAGGCAGGCCAGAUCACUCAAGUGUUGUCCAUGUGUUUUAACUGAAUGGGUUGCUUAUUUCUUGCUGGGACAGCUGCUUCCCACCUGCUCACCCAUUUGACUUCCUCUACAAAGCUCUUGCCUGUGUGUUUUGCCUGGGGCAUCAACAUUGCCUUUCCUAGAGCAGCACCGCCUGUACCAGCAGGUCACAUUUUUUAAGCAUUUAUGGCCCCACUUGGUUACAUGAUUAUCCUGCUGAUACCAUCCUUUCUGGUUUUUAAGGACAGAUGAGGUUUGUUGCUGGCAGAAGGGUUGCCUGGAGCAAAGCUGUCCUCAGACACUCGGUGUGGCGCUUCCCUGGGAACAGCCGGUUCCCGCGAGCGGCACGUGUAGUGGAUUGACAGCGCUGUUUGCCGAUAGCCGGCUUGCCUGUGGGUGGAAAACACCAGCUCUACGAACUGACGGGUCUGUGCCAGCGGGUGUUCUCACUGCACCCACGGAAGUGUUCUCAUUUAACACGAAGUUAAGCUAAUACCCAUCUCAGGUUGAGGGUUCUCCUGAGUCAGCCCUCCCCUCUCCCUGGGAAAGUCCCAAGGAGCUUUCUCUUUCUUCCCAAGGCAGCGUUGAUGUUGCUGGAGGUGGGAUUGCUGUCAGAGGCUUCUGGAGAGCACAUGGAGUGAUGUGAUCCUGCACCCCACAUCCCCAGCAGCUGCCUCUUUGGCAGAUUUCCCAUUUGGUUUUGUAUGGGAAAAUCCAUUUGCAGAGACCCAAGGCGGGGCAAACAAGAUUGAAGUCUGGCAGCCUUCUUCCCUAAGGCAAGAAUUCCCAGCUCUGCCCCAGUUGGGAACAUGUAUCAGCCCCUGAAUUUUUAACGAGCUUCUGCAGAAUCAAAUUGUGAUGGCUGGGAAGGGCUGGGCACCCUGCCCAGGUUACAGCCAGCCAAAGACAUCUCGGCAUCUGUGAGGCUUCUCCUGGGAUUGUGUCUGGGCUGGGCAAGGGUCUGGCACAAGUCAGCCACCCAGGGAGGUGGUGCAUGUUUUGGGUAGGGUUGGGAACCAGUCAGCUCUUUCUCAAAGCCCAUCUCCUGCCACACAGCUUUUCAGGAGGCAGAAAAGGAGAUGCACUAAACUUGAUUGUUGUGAUAGGGUGCAGGAGGAGAAAUUUCAGUGUUAGGGGCAAAAUCUGAAGUGCUUUUGUAGUUAGGAAGUAAGAAAGACCUGAAUCUGCCCUGUAUAAUUUCAUCUCAAAAUGAGAUGUAGGGUAGCCUUACAGGCCCCUGCCCAGCUGGAGCACAAGUAUCUCCUGAAGCCUGUUUGUUUCUAUAGGCUUUAAAUUCUGAAGGACGCAAGUUUCUUCCCAGCCACCAGUGCAAGUAAUGGUGAUGUUACAAAUGCUACAAAUUACAGGCACCCUCUGGCAAGGAAUUACUCCUGGACCCUCAGUGUCACUCAUCAGGGCACUGGCAGGAUUUGGCCCUUGCUUGCAGGGUGGCGUUGAAGGUGAGGAGAUGAGUUUGGCCAAAGCUUUUAAGAAGGGCUAAGGAUGGAGGGAGCUUCUGCAGCCCCAGAAGUGCAUGAGGACCAUGCUUUGAGAUGCUCCAGCUCUUCCCUUUCAACCUUUGCACAUGAAAUACUUGUCAUCCCUUGGCAUGGGAAUUAUUAGGUGGAGGAGAUGUUGUACAGCUCAGCUGCCAGUGAAGAAUUGGGAUCCUCAGCACAGGACUUCAUGUGAAGAAUCCUGGCAUGACCGUGAAAUGCUGUCUUCUCUUCCCCAGGUUCUGUGCUACUCACCAUAUGCAUCACUCACGAUGAAUGAGGCUGUGUGAAGAGAAACACAGCAUCCCUGUUAGUAUCCUUCUACUAUUAAAAUGAUGGAAGGAGACAGA